AUGAUUAGGUAUAUCGCCAGACCCACAUAUCCAAAGUUAGUUUCACGUAUCAUGUCUACUCAGAAUCUCUCGCAGAAUGCUCCAAACAAGAAGAUAAAAUUAUCUGUUGAAAGCGAAGAUAAAAUAAGUGGGACAACCUCAAAAGUCACUUCUACUGCUACAGUUGAAACUGAUUCUAAACAACUCAAGAAUGAUAUCAGUCCUAAAAUAGACUUACAGUCUAUGAUGCAGAAUAUAGUCAAUUCGAAAAAACCUAUAUGGAAGCCGCUUGUUUGGAUAGAUUGUGAGAUGACUGGUUUGGAUGUUUUUCAGGACCAUAUUAUUGAAAUUUGCUGCAUUAUAACUGAUGGGAACUUAGAAAUAAUAGAUGAAAAAGGAUUUGAAUCUACAGUCUAUCAGCCAAAGGAAGUCUUGGAUGGAAUGAAUGAAUGGUGUGUCAAUCAGCACGGAAAAUCGGGUUUAACCGCUAAAAUUCUUGAGAACCCUCAAUGUGAAUUAUCUAAAAUUGAAGAUGAGUUGUUGGAAUACAUAAAGCAAUACGUGCAACCAAAUAAAGGUAUUAUGGCAGGUAAUUCUAUACAUAUGGAUAAAUUCUUCAUGAUGAGAGAAUUCCCAAAGAUUAUUGACUAUUUGCAUUACAGAUUAAUUGAUGUCUCAUCGAUAAUGGAGGUUGGUUACAGACAUAAUCCAGAAUUGAUGAAGUUAUUUCCAAAGAAACAAGGCAAUCAUACUGCUAGAUCUGAUAUUUUGGAAAGCAUUAAUCAAUUGAAAUGGUACAAACAAAACUACCUUAAAGGUGAACCUGAAACUAAAGAAUUAAUAGAAAAGAAUAGAAUAUUAGAAAACGAAACUAAUUCCAAUGAAGAGUAG